UGAUCGGAGAGUCUGCAGGAAUACCUUUCAAUUUCUUCUGGGGAUGAAGUUCAGGAAAACACUCCCUAGGAAGUGCUGGUGUGGCUGGAUAUUCGUCAUCAUGGCUGCGUGUCAGCCCUUCGUUGUGCCUGCACAGCCCAGAGAGCCUGACAGACAAAGAACUUUCAGCCAGACCUCCAUUCCUCAGCCUUUCACAACUCCCUCUUAUUCUCCGUCACCUUCUCACCUCUCGAGGUUCACGUCUUACAACAGACUUCCCCUCCAAGCACGGGCCUGAAGGGAAGAAGGGAGGGUGAGAUACAGUUUCUGGACAACAAUGGAAACUCAAUCUGGAAAUGGAGAGGAGGUGGCGAGCACAGUGUCGGCGACCUCGGGCUUCGUUUCCUGUCGUCCCUCUGGGCCACAGGUAGAGACAUCAGACGAUCCAGUGUUAAGAGAGGACCUGCAGGCUGCUAAGAGGAUUGAAAGGUUUGACAUCCCACUUGAUAGUCUGAAGAGGAUGUUUGAGAAGCCGGCUGCAGCAGACACCAAUGUAGCAUCCAUUGACACCUCCCCAUCCAAAAGAGUGAUGUCCGGUAGUCAAAUAGAGGCCGACGUGUCCUCAGAUCAGACCAUGGCUUCACCUCAGGACAACAGUCUGCCUGCAGGCACUCCGGACAGAUCCAGGUCAGGACAUCCCAAGGAGAGGGCACUGAGCACUGAGGACCAGGAGCUUGAGUCGGUGUCGGUGAAAGAACGGCUGGCGAUGUAUCAGGCUGCCGUGUCCAAGAAAGAAACGAGCACCUCUGCUGCGAUGAUGGACGAGUCAGAGGCGUCUUCGAUACCUGGCGGCCUGGCCAGUGUGAAGAGACAGUUUGAGACUCAGGAGUUUGCCUCGUCGUCCUCACAGUCCAGUGUCAGCCAAUUUCAUUUCCAGCAGAAAUCUGUCCAGGAAAUGUCAAGCUCCUCAGAGGUGACAGUGAGAAGCAGUGCCAGAGAAGUCGUCCCCACCACAACCAUACUUCACAGUCAGCAAGAGGUGAUCCAUGAUCAAAGAUUCCAACAAAACAGCAUGGCUGGCAGUUAUGGGGAUCAUUACAAUGAAACAGUUAUGCUUGUUGGAGGAGAGGACCUACCAAAGGUUUCCACUCAGGCUUUGAAGCAACAGUAUGAAAAAACUAUUGAGGAAGCGGCACCAGCCAAGGAAAUCAAGGUUGAUGUCGACUUCAACCAGUUUCAGUGGGGGCCAAUACACCAGUCCUCUAAAGCUUCAGCAGUGACAAGCUCUGAAUCUUCCUCCGCUGUAAAGACUGCCACUGCAUCAUCGGUUGCAUCUACUACAUCAGUGGCUCAUGAGGUGACAGACCAUUUUCCUCCCCCACCCUCAAACCUGCUGCAGGAAUCACAGAGAGUUUCAGAGUAUGCUAUGUCUUCCCAACCUCAUGAACAAGUCUACCAACAGAAGUGCACUGGUAAAGAACAGCACUUCAAACACAAGAGCAUGGCCGAAGUGAAGCGCCUCUAUAAACAUAUUCAUCCAGAGGUCCGCAAGAACCUCGAAGCGGACUACUUGAGUCAGCUGACUGAAGCCGAACAGAAGGAUUUGCAAAGUGAAGAGAUGGUGGGUGACGUCCAGCAGGCGUGCUACAUUUUUGAAAACGACGGGAACAGUUCAAGUAGAUGCUCGAGUCCUGACAGGGAGUCAGUGGAGUGGGAAGAGAUCCUCAAAGGAGAAGUGCAGUCCAUGCGCUGGAUGUUUGAAAACAAGCCACUAGAUACCAUCAAAGAUGAAACCCCAGAUGAGGAUGAGGUGAGGAAUAUUGCUCAGCAGGAAAUUAUUGCUGGCAAAGAUGUCAGACACACAGCAUGGAUGUUUGAAACCAAGCACAUGGAUGCUCUAGGGACAGAGACAACUGACUCGACUGAGCAGUCAGGAAAAUUGACUGAUCUUGCGAGAGGAGAUGUUCGCACUGCUACAUGGCUUUUUGAGACUCAGCCACUCGAUUACCUGAAUAAGAUCUACCAAGAAGAUGAGCAGGAGGCAGAUGCUGUUGUCACCAAAGACAUCACAGGAGGGGAUGUCAAAACUGCCAGGUAUCUCUUUGAGACCCAGCAUCUAGAUUCCCUUGGCAAAACAGAAACCAUUGAGGAAAGCCACUUUCUGAACCUCAAGUCUGAGCUAGAGGAGAUUAAGGGGGAUGUGAAAACAACCACUCGCAGGUUUGAGACACAGCCCAUGUGUGUCAUCAGGGGGGAUUCUGGAGAGAUGCUGGAGAUCACCACAAUUCGCAAGGAGGAGACUGAGAAGGGUGAUGUGAAGACAUCACGGUGGAUGUUUGAAACCCAGCCUCUGGAUAUGAUCAGCAAAGACCCUGCAAAUGUAAAGCUGAUAUGUGGUAUUUCUAUGGAGGACAUUCAAGGAAGUGUGAAUAAAGGUAGAUGGCUUUUUGAGACUAGGACUCUCGACACCAUUAAGGAUGAGGAAUGGGAGACUUCCCGAAAUCAAAGAGAAGAAAUAAUUGGAGCUGAUGUAAGAAAACACUGCCAGGUUUUUGAAACCCAGCCCAUGGAUACUCUAAAGGACAACGCUAAUGAUCAACCUAUACCCUCUGAGGACAUUAUAGGAGGUGAUGUUCAAUCAGCAAAACAUCUGUUUGAAACAGUCCCCAUGGAAAACUUGAAAGAACUCCUGGAAGUGGGAAAACUUAAGAAAAUGGUUGCAUCUGAAGAAGAAAAGGGUGAUGUAAGGCAUCAGAAGUGGGUCUUUGAAAGCCAGCCAUUGGAGAAUAUAAGAGAGGAGAAAAAAGAAGUUACAAGGACUGUGAACAUUGAAGAGCUUGAUAAAGGAGACGUGAUAAACUAUAAAGAAAGAUUUGAAAGUAUGGAUUUAAGCAAAUGUGAAGGAACACAGAAAAUUCAAAUUGAAGGUGUCACAAGCGGUUCUGUCAAAUCCAACAAAGUUCUUUUUGAAUCUACUCCUAUGUAUGCAAUGCAAGACAGCUCUGGCCAUUACCAUGAGGUGAGGACUGUGAGGCGUGAAGAGAUUGUGAAGGGUGAUGUACACAGCUGUAGAUGGAUGUUUGAAACACAUCCUAUUGAUCAAUUUGAUGACAGCAUCAAUAAAUUUCAGAUCAUUAAAGGUAUAUCCAAGCAGGAGAUUGAGUCAGGAGACGUUAAAACAGCUCAGUGGUUGUUUGAAACUCAACCACUUGAUUCCAUAAAAUCUUUCGGUAAUUUUGAGGAUGAAGAGCACAAAACUAAAGAGGAAAUUGAGAUAGAAAAGGGAGACGUGAAGACUUGUAGGUGGCUCUUUGAGACUCAGCCCAUGGAUGUCCUGUAUGAAAAAGUGGAACACAAUGAGUCAGAUGUAAAGGAAGUGCAGAGAGGUGACGUCAAAACGUGCACUUGGCUCUUUGAGACCCAGACACUUGACAACAUACGUGAUCACUCUGAGUCCGAGACCGUUCUGAAAACAUGCACCGUAAAACAAGACGACAUCCAAGGAAAAGAUGUGCGACUUGCUCGCUUCCUCUUUGAAACAGAGAAUCUUGACAACAUCACAGGCGAGGACAGCAGUUCUUUCAGGAGGGUCACAGAAAUUGACGUCCAUUCAGGCGAUGUCUCGAGGAUGAAAUACAUCUUUGAGAAUCGCUCCUCAGACAUCAUGAGCUCCACCUCCAAGGAGACAAUGCAGAGGCUGAAGACGCAGCAGGCCGAGGACAUCCAGAGGGGAAAUGUGGUCAGUAACACCUGGAUGUUUGAGAACCAGCCAAUGGAUGCCAUCCACGAUGAUGUCACAGAGGCUAGGGAGAUUCGUACUGUUACCGAUGUUCAGGGAGGUGAUGUUGACAAAGGCCGCUUUAUUUUUGAGACAUACACUCUGGAUCAAAUUAAAGAGAAAUCCAGCGAGACUGACAUCUCAAAACACAGUAAUAUCACAAGUAUCUUCAGAGAUGAAAUAGAAAAGGGAGACGUAAAAAAUUACACUAUGAUGUUUGAAUCUCAGCCGCUGUAUGCCAUCCGUGACAAGGAAGGCCAUUAUCAUGAAGUAACUACAGUUACCAAGGAGGAAAUCAUGAGAGGGGAUGUAGUGGGUGCCCGGUGGCUGUUUGAAACAAAGCCACUGGAUUCAAUUAGAGAUUCCGAGGAGGUCUAUGUGAUUAAAGCUGUGACAGAGGAAGGUAUCAACACAGGAAACGUUAACUCUGCCAGAUGGAGAUUUGAAACACAGCCUCUGGAUGAAAUUACAGAGGAAAUAAAAGUCAGGUCAAAAACAGUUGCUGAUAUUCAAGGUGGUGAUGUGAAGACAAACAAAGAGCGUUUUGAGACUGAUGAAAUGUCACAAAAGUACAUCAGAACUGUUAGUGUGAGUGAAAUCCAAAAAGGCGAUGUGAGAUCUGCCACAUGGAUGUUUGAAACACGCACAAUGGAUGAGAUCCAUGGUGAAGGAGUUGAAUAUGAUGAUUUGGAGAGAGUGACAAAGGAAGAAGUAAUGAAAGGGGAUGUCAAACAGUCUGUUUGGCUCUUUGAAAAGCAGCCGCUUGAUAGUAUCAAAGAGAGUGAUGGCACAGAGCUGACAGUGACAAAGGAGGAAAUCCCACAGGCCGACGUGAAGACAACAACAUGGCUAUUUGAGACUACUCCAUUCCAUGAAUUCAAUGAGAGCAGUGUUGAAAAAACAGAAAUAAUAGGUAAGAGUAUCAAAGAGACACUCCAUGAGCUAUACUGUCAGAAAAUGGUGGACUCCCAAGGCAUCCUUAUUGAGACAGAUGAGAUUGGUGAUGUCCGCAUGGCAAAGUAUAAACUCAUGAAUCAGGAUUGUCCACAAAUCCAAAAAGAAGAGAUUAUCAGAGGGGAUCUAAGCAAUAUAAUGAUGAACCUCCUGAACUGUAGGGAGACCACUGAAAGGGGGAUAACAAUUGAUGAGGAGGAGCGGGGGCACAUCAACACCACAGUGAAACAGCUGUUCAACCAGGAAAGGGGAAUCAAUGUCGAAAAAGAGGAAAUUAUCCAUGGUGACAUUCAAGAGGCCAUAAACAAUCUGCUCAAGAAUGAAGGCUCCUCCAAGCGUGGUAUUCUGAUUCAAGAGGAUGAGAAAGGAGAUGUGAGGAUGACUAUCUAUUCCCUGUUAAAUAAAGGUGAGAGGGCUAGUAUGGAGAAAGAGGAUAUUAUUCAAGGAAAUGUCAGCAGAACUCUUCACCGUCUGCUCUCCAAUUCAGGCGGAGAAGACUCUAAAAGGAUAAAGGUGGGGGACACAGAAAGGGGUAAUGUCAGUUUUUACACCACAUGCAUUGAGUCGGGAGCUAUGGAUUACCUGACACAGCUUCAGAGUGAGUAUAAUGAAUCCCAGGAACAAGUGGAAAAGGAGCAUAUCAUAGGAGGUGACAUUGAAGAGACUAAAAUCCUGCUGCGGAAGAAUCAGCAGCAGGUUGGUCGCACUGUAGCUAAGGAUGACAUAGUUCCUGGAGACGUAAACAGCACUGUUAAAGUCUUCAUGACAGAGCCUACUGUCACCUACAAAAACCUGGAGGAAAAAGAUAUCGUUAAAGGUGACCUCAGUGCAGCCUUAGAUUCCCUGACCCAAGCUAUCAAUCAGAAGGUGGUUAUAGAGAAAGAGGAGGUGGUGAAGGGAGACAUACCGACAACUCUAAGGUCUCUGGAGGAGGCCCAGCAUCAAGCCAAAGAAAUGGAAAAGCCGGAAAUCGUCAGGGGAGACAUCAGGAGUGCUCUCGAGUCGCUUGAGAAAUCUUCAACUACUAAAACAGUUACAGUUGAAGAUUUGGUGCCAGGUGACAUCAAAGGGACCCUGAGAUCCCUGGAGGAAGCGCAGCAAGCUGUAAAAGAACUGGAGAAAGAGGAGAUUGUGAAAGGAGACAUCUACACUGCCAUGCAAAAUUUACAUGAAGCCUCAAAUGAUAAAAAGAUUUACCAGCAUCAAGUAAGCGAACAAGGUGAUGUCAAAGGCACGAUCCAGCUUUUGCUUGAGCCGACAAUGUCUUCGAAAAGGCAGCGCAGGGGAAGCACAGAGGGAGAUGUAAAAACAUCUAUAAAGUCUCUUUAUGAAGGACAGGAGACAAUGCAGGUAGAAAAAGAGGAGGUAGUAAAAGGAGAUGUGCAAGGGGCAAUAAAGUGUUUGAUGCAACGAAAACAAUAUUCAAAUCCAAAACGUAUGUAUUCCCACAAGAAAACAAAAGUGCCCAUGAAAAAUCCAUUAACUACAAAGCAAGGGGAGCAUGAAUGUGUGCAUGAAGCAAUGUAUGAUAGUGCAGGAGUCAAUCCAGCCCCCGCUGUGAAAAACCUCUCUCAGAGCAGUGAGUCACAGAGGCACGCGCAGAGGCACAACGAAAGCAAAUCAGUAAAAACACAGGUAAUAACCCAAGAGAGCCACUCAGUUACUGUAGCCAAAACAGAUAAUACCACAGGGGCCUCUCAGCAGAAGAACAUAAAAGAACAGAAACAAAAAGCUUUGCCCCCUCAGAAAAUACAAGCUCCUAAGCCUGUUAUGAUAAAGACUAAACAAAUGACUGAUAAUGAUCAAACAGAGACACAAGCAGCUGAUGUGAAAAUGAUAAAGGAGACGAAAAUUUCAAAGAAGAUGUGCGAAACAAAGACAAUCAAGCAGGUGCAGACGUCAGUGACGGAGAAAAGCGUUACCCAUAGGCAAAAUGUAAAGGUAUCAGAACACGUCUCAACAUCUCAAAAGCAGACAGAGAAUAAGGCUCUCACUGAAAAAACAAACAUUAAAAAGAAGAAGGAUGAUCAGUCUGACCUUGAAGUGAGAGGGAAGGGGAUGAUCAAAAAAGGAAGACCAGAAAUUCAUUUCCCACCUCCUCCUUCUUCCCCACCUCCACGGUCAGAGUCAGAGUUUUCCCUCCCUCCACCACCGUCGCCAGUGUCGGAGAAUCCAACAUUACCCUCUUCCCGACCUUUUACCAUGCAGGACAGUGAUCUCCCACCACCACCACCUCCACCUCCCAUGGAGAGCAUAAAGUCAGAGUCUGAACUUUUCCUCCCUCCUCCUCCUCCACCUCCACCUCCACCACCCUCAGUAGGUGGACAGGAUAUUCUCCCUCCGCCCCCCUCGCAGCAAGAGCUUUAUGCGAUGCCUCAGCCUCCCUCUGUAAAAGUGGGCAAACCCAUCAGCAAGCCUUUAUUCAAAGUGCCCACACAACCUGAAACGCAGAAGCAACCCAUAAAAGUUAGGCCCAAAUGGCAGAAAAACCAACCAACGCCACCACCACCACCACCACCAACACCACCAACUCAGUUGCCUCCUGAUCAAGAAAAAACAGUGUCAGCCGUCCGUAAAGAAGAAGCAAAAUCACAAGAAGUGAAAAAGGAAACAAUCCAACGGAUUGAAACAAGCAAACAAAUUCAGUCUGAAUCAACAGCAGUGUCAGCAACAAAAACCACAAACAUCCCAGUUGUAAAACCAGUGCAAAAAGAGAAAGUCUUUGUCCCACCCAUCAAACUGCCUCCUCCUCCUGAGCCUGCUCCAGCUCCCAAGGCUCGAACAUUUGCCCGCAAAUUUAAAACCCCUCUCAUGCUUGCAGAGGAAAAGUAUCGCCUACAGAAGGAGAAAGAGGACCUGGAGAGGAGUAUAGUCACAACUCCGACCUCUCCACCACCUAAUAUGCCCUCCUCUACUGCCAGUGCUGAGCCUAUGUCAGCACAGAGUACUGAGAAAACAAUGGUUAUGCAAGAGACAACAGAAAAGAUGGAGGAAGCUAAGACAAUUUCAAAAAAAGAAACAUUGGCACAACUCACACCUGCAAAGAAAACCCCUUCCCAGAUUCCCAUGAGCAAGCCCUUGAUCUCUGUGGUAAAUAAGAAAUCAGGCCCUGGAUCUUCAAACGUGUCCUUAGAAAAAAAGCAGGUUUCAAAAGAGCAUCUCUCAGAAAACAUACUUGCCUCAGCUGAUUCUGUAAAAAAGAAUCAAACGGCAUCCAAACAUCAGACUGUUUCUCUUUCUCAGUCUCAUCGCGUGGUCUCAAAGGCUGAAGUAGAGUCACAUUCAAACGUGGUCACUUCUUCAGUACAGGAGCUCAGCACUGCCACAAGUGCUGUCCAGGAAAAUCUUCAAAGCCAGGCUUCUGUCACAGUGAAAGCUAAAGAUGUAAAGAAUAUUAAUGUACCUGUGACACAGGAGGGAAAAAAGAGCCCCUCUCUACCUACUAAAAUUCCAAAAGUAACUCCAGGUUUUAAGGUGAAAACCUUUAAAAUACCGACAGAUAAGAAAGAAGAGAAAAGUGACACUGUGGUACAAAAGGAUGCAAUGAAAAGUGACGUGCAUUUACAGCAAGAGAAAUGUUGCAUAUCACAGAAAAGUGAGACAAAGGUGACCCAGGAAAGCAAGCAUCACACGUCAGCUAGAGUUGAGAUGGAAACAGAAAUGAAAGUGAAGGAAAAGAAGAGUCAGGUGACUUCGCCCGUGAAGGAAGCCGGAGUGGAGGUUCAUGCGAAAAAGGCAAAGCAGGUGCACAAAAAUGAGACUGAAGUGACGCUGUCACCAUCUGUUACUGUGUUAAUGCCUAAGGUGACAAAGAUAACGUCUGCAGCAACUCAUCAAGGACAAGGCCAAUUAUCUGUCUCCCACAGUCAGCAGAGCAUGAAGGCAGAGCACGUUCAAAGGCACGAGGAGGUGGUCGUGAUGGAAAACAGGGCACAGCAGAACCUGCAGAAGCAAGAGGCUGUUCAGAUGCACACACGGCAGAUGAAGCAACAAGCAGCAGAGACGAAUAAAAUCCAGAUAAAGGUUGGAAAUUCAAAAGGCGAGCCUAAAUUUGUGUCAGUGAAAGGCGUAGGGAAAAUGGCCCAUACAGAAGAAGCGUGUGCUAAAGAAAUCACAGAUUCAGAGAAAUGUAAUGCUAUGCAGAAGCUGCUCAUUCAAAUAGAGGAGCUCCAGGGUGCACCAAGCAAAAUAGACACCAAAACUGUCACGACGAUUAUAAGCGAACUCGCCGAAUGGGUGAUAGGCUUGGAUGAGAAAAAUAAUCUAAGGGAAAUUGCCAAACAGCAAAGUAAGAAAAAGUUGAAGGAGAUGUUGGUGUAUGUGAAGAAUAUUGUUCAAACCAAGUUCAGAUUUUUGGAGGACAACUUGAAAUCUGUUGAAAAGCAGGAAGAGGAGCAACCCUCAGCAACACCGCCUGUGCUUCCAAAACCAGACAAGAGUGUAUUCACCGCAAAGUUGUCAAAGACUGGUGCUAGUGUGUCUAAAACUGAGCAGAAAGUGGUCGGAGAGAAAAUGUCACUUCGUGGGAGCAGAGUACAUCAGGACCUGAGUGAGAAGUCUGAUCACAGAGUGGCCUCUCCUUUAGCAAGCAUCCGCACGCCAUCACCCACUUUCAUUAGUAUAGAAUCCAGGAGGGUGGACUCACCACUCAGAGUGACACCUUCCCCUCCGCCAUACAAAUCUGUCGGGACGCCUCCGCCUCCUCCUCGCAAGUCAUACACGCCCACCUCUGCCUUCAACAGGGCGACACCCUCUCCAACCCUGAGCCGCUCAGAAAAGCUGAUAAAACUCCGGGACACGACCUCAAAGCUCUCUCACGGCGUCACCCCACCACCUCCUGCAGCACUACCAGAGUAUUUUGCUGCAGAAAGAGAGCAAUCAUCCCCAUUUAGUGACUGGGGAACACCCAUAGAUGAGGAGUUGGUAGAUGUAGCAGAGAUGGUGGACUCCAUGAAAACAGUCAGGGACAAGAAGUCUUUCUUUGAAGAUGCUCAAAAAGCUGAGGUGAUCAAGAGUUACAUUCGGAAGGAUCCCAUAGAUAUUCCCGAACGUCUGGGACCUGAUGCUGAGGAGGGCGCCGAAGCUGUGAUUAUAGAUCUCAUGAAGGAGGAUCUUCCAAAAAUUGACCUAACUAAACUGGUGAACAGAUUUGAGUCUCCAAAACCAAAAUUGUUUUCCAGGAAGGAACCCAUUGUCAUUUCAGAAAGGCUUGGGAGCGAUACAGAGGACGCAGAGGCGGAACCACAUACUCCAAAAACUGAAGAAAUCCCUACGUUUAACGUCAAAGCGAUAAAGGAUGUGUUUGAGACAGGAGAGCACAGCUCACAGGCGGCACGAGAGCUGAGGGAACAAAUAGAAAGAAGAGAACCAGAGUCGGUUUAUUGCAGGCCAGCGGAUCAGUCUGAAACCACAUCAGUCACCGAGCAAUUCUGCAGCAUUGACGACACCGGAAAUAUAAUGAGGGAGGUAAGGAGUGAGAUGCAUUCUGGGAGCUCUGUGACCCGUGGCAACCCUCCGUCCUAUGCUGACGUGGUGAGAGGCAAGGUUCCAACAGUGGACAUGCUCCCCGAGGCCUCCAGCGAGGAACUGCUCAGAAGCUUCCAGGAGUCAUGGGCUGAGGGCCAAGGAGUUUUCCAGAACCUGGGAUUCAGUGUCACGGAGCAAAGGACCUCGCAGAUCAUGACCCACCACCAGGAGACUGUCAUGUCGGAAAACUCGAAUUCCAGAGUCCGAACUGUGCAGGGUGUGUCGGAAGAGGGUCUACCCCAUGGAGUCACUGAUCGCAGACAAACAAACCUUCCAUAGAAGCUGCUUUCGUUGUGAACACUGCAGAGGCAAACUGAGCCUUGGCAACUAUGCCUCUCUCCAUGGACGGAUGUACUGCAAACCACAUUACAAACAACUGUUCAAGU